AUGGCCACCUCGGCGCUAGCAGCUACCGGCUUGACCGCCUCCAAGUCCGGUCUCCAGCAACAACAGCAGCAGCAGGCUCUAUUAGAUGCCACCGCCCCUUCCACUUCCACCGCCAAGGCGCCAAUCCCCGUCACCCGGGUUGCCAUCAGAGACGGAAAGAUGAUCGGCAUCAACGAUCACAUCUACCUCACUCCUGCCUGGGCGCCAGGUGCUGGCGAGCCGUAUAUGAUCGCAAGAGUCAUGGAAUUCGUUACCGCAUCCUCCUCCCGCAGUGGUGCAGCAGCCCUCGCCAGCUCCUCCGGCACUUUGCAGGUGCGCGCCAACCUUUUCCUGCGCAUGCGCGACAUCACCUUUCGCAGCACCAACGAUCCGCGUCUGCUCGUCGCUACCAUGCACUCGGAUGUCUUCAGCCUCGAAAACGUCCGCGGCAUCUGCGAGGUGCGCCAUCGAGAUCUCAUCGGUUCCGGCACAGCUCCCGACGUCUCGCAAUGGAAGAAGAAGGAGGACCAUUUCUAUUACCAUCAGCUCUACGAUCGAUACAUUCACCGCUUCUACGACGUCGUCCCCACCGACAAGGUGCAGAACGCGCCGCCAGAAGUCCUCACCGCGCUCCGCUCCCGCUACUCGUUCGUUGUCGCAGAGGCCGGCAUGAUCAACGACCUCACCGACGCUCUGCGAGGAUGCGCCGUUUGCCAUCGAUGGGCGUCCGGUCCCGAAUCGGUGCGCUGCGAUACCUGUAAAAAGUUCUUCCACAUGAACUGCCUCAACCCACCACUCCUCUCGAAGCCCGCCAAGGGGUACAGCUGGACAUGUGCGCCGUGCUCACGCAGACACGAGCAGGAUGUCGAACAGACAUUGCAAUCAGGUGGCCAGCUCAUGUCGGCUUCAUCGAGCAACAGCGGCAGCACUUCCAAUCAGCAACAAUCAAGGCAUCAGAUCACAGUCGUCGCCAACAGAGGGCGCGGUACUGCGGCACGAGGCAAAGGACGACAAUCGUAUCCAAGAAGAGGCACCGUGGGGAGAGGCGACGACCUCGCCUCGUCCAGCAACACACCGGAUGGCAGCCCUGUGCCGGAGAAGACGAGCGAUGAUCUUCGCGGCACACGCUGCUUCAACCGCUGGCCGUAUCGCUACUUUGGUCAGCACACCAAUGCCAUGGAAGUGCUGGAUCCGCACGACUCGGUCUAUCCGAUCGCUACGACGCGCAUCGGUCCCAAGUAUCAGGCUUCGUUGCCGACGUGGGAGGAGCAGAAGGAGGCCGGUCUUGGCGUGCACUGUCGCACCAAGGAGAAGAUCAAGGAGGACGAAUUGGCGGCGGCAGCGGCAGCAGGGGCCGAGGAUGGCGCCGCUGCGUCGGCGUCGACGAGCACCCCUCACCAGGCUGCACCGACUAGCAACUCCCAUAAGAAGAAAGGUCGCCCGUUCAAACGCAAACGAGAGGCUGUCGAGCGAUCCGAUACCCCGACGACAGGGACGAACACGCCGGCGGCUGCAGCUGCUGUGUCCACCGUCGAGGAGCCCGAGUUCGAACGAGGAGGUGAUCAAAGCAUCGAAGCCAUCUUCUUGCCCUCGGCAGCAGAGUCAGAGCAGGUUCUCAACGCCUACCUUCAAGCAGUACAGGCGCAUUUCAAGACGGUUCCGCCCUUCCACGUCGACCUCCUCAACCGGGCACUCAAGACGUUCACCGAGAAGGAGGGCGAUCCGGUGCAAGCACUCAUGACCGUGUCCGCCAGCACCACCAAGCAGCUCCGUAUCGAUCACUGGAGCUCCAAGGAGGCUAAGCAGUUCGAAUCGGGGAUCGCACAGGUCAAUUCGGACAUGAAACAGCUGAAAAAGUUCAUCCCGAGCAAGAAGGUUUCGGAGAUCGUGCGCUACUUUGUCGUUUGGAAGAUGGCACGGAUCAAGGCGGACAUGGAGGCAAGUCAGCAGCGCGAGACCAAGGCUGCAGGAGGGUCGAAGGGCAAGGCCAACGGAGCGCGGAGCUCGACUUCGACAACGGCGACGACGAAGCCGACUACCUCGCGGGCAGUGUCACCCUCGCUUUCGGUCUAUGGGGACGAAGCCCCCGGUCCGACAACAUCGUGCGCCAUGUGUUCGACGACAUCGAGUCGCAUCUGGUACAAGGGUCCCGCGUCGCUCGCCAACCGCGUACUGUGCGUCAACUGCGGCAUCUACUGGCGCAAGUACGCCGCCGAAACGUUCAAUCCCGAUCUUGUGUCGGUCAACACGCGGAACAAGUCGUCCACCGCCACAGCAGCCGCACCGGGCACCUCGGAGGAUGGACUUGGUGUUGCGCCGCCGUCGAAACUCGUACGCACCACUCGAGAUGGCAAGGCCGUCACACCCGCCACCUCGCCCUCACCCGCGCAGCCGCCUCCCGUGCCCAAACCAGAACCACUCAAGUGCGUCAUGUGCAAGCGCAUCGAGCCCAAGAAGAAGCUGGCUCAAUGCCGUCAGUGUUCGCUUAGCGUUCAUCAGGGCUGCUACGGCCUGACCGAUGCCGAGGUGGAGACGGCGCAAUGGCUCUGCGACCCGUGCAACAACGAGCAGACGCAAGAAGCAGCACUCCUGCCUCGAUGCAUCCUUUGCAGCCACGUCGCGCAGGAGGACGCCGCAGCGGUGAUGGCCAAGUACGCCGCCUCGAUCGCCUCUGGUGGGGAUGGCAAAGCUCGCGGUCGCCCCCGGGUCUCCACCUCCGUCUCGUCGGACGACAUCAAGAAGGACGCUUUGGUCAAAGCUCCCCUGGGCGCAUUGGAUGCGUUUAAGCCGACGGAAUGCAACAACUGGGCCCACGUCCUGUGCUCCGUGUUCAUCCCCGAAGUCGUCUUCUCGGACACCACCCGGCUCAAAACGGUUGAGUCGUGCGGCAAUCUCCCCACGCAUCGCUACGAAGCUCUAUGCGAUCUGUGUCACACCCCACGCGGCGCCUGCGUCUCCUGCGCUGACCCGUCUUGCCGAAGAACAUUCCACGUCAGCUGCGCCUACAACCACCAACCGCUCUUCACGCUCGCCUUUGAGAUCCUCCCCGUCAAGGGCAGUCGGCGGGACGUCACCCCGACGCUCACGUUCAAGGGCGAAACCGGCCACAUGACCCCACAAGUGUGGUGUCGCGACCACAAGGAAGUGGCAAAGUCCAAAAAGCUCUACGACCUCGCGGAAGUCGACCCCAAAUCCGGCCUCACAAGCCUCCAAAUGUUCGUCCGCGCAAACAAGAGCACCCCGGACACAGCAUACGCCCUGAUGCGCCGCGCAAAACGCUACGACGCCCUCACAAGCGAGACCAACAAGAGCCUGACAGGUGCACCCGAGAUGAAAGGCAAACAGUGCGAAGGAUGCAAUACGCGCUUCAGCCCAUACUGGUGGAAGUUGCAAGGUCAACGCGUCAAGGAGGAAGGCAAGGAGAAUGCGGGUACAGGGAUGUGCUGCAACUUUUGUAAGGAGACCCGGUAUAAGGGUCUGUUCGAGUGA